AUGCUGUCUUUCAGCAAGGGCGCCGUUGUUGCGCUGGUGCUGAUGGCCUGCGCUCACUCUGCGGCGGCGGCGCGCCCCGCGCCGACCACCCUGUACGAUGUGAUCAGCCAACUCCCCGAGGUGUCCAAGGUGUUUGCCAAGGUCGAGCAGUUUGGCCUUGCCAAGCAGUUUCAGAACCCCAAGCUCGGCAUCACCGCCUUCGUGCCCAACAACGACGCCUACGACCGCAUCAGCAAGGCCAUCAACAACAACCCCUCCAUCCUCGAUAACAGCGCCAUCAUCACGCAGGCCCUGGCCUACCACAUCCUCAACAAGCCCCUCACCACCGAGGACAUGCCCAGGGGCGUCAAAUCGUACCUCACGGCCCUGCCCAACCAGCCCGUUGCGGUGCAGUUUAACGACAAGGCCAACCUCUUCAAGGUCGGCGCCUACAACGUGGUCGAGAGGAACAUCCAGGCCGGCCGCAGCGUGAUCCACGUCAUCGACGGCUUCCUUGUCGCGCCGUCGCUGAUGCCCACGCUCGUCAAGGCCCUGCGCGAGUCAAAGGCCGCCGCCGCGGAGGCCGCGCCCGCCGCUGCGGCUGCGCCGGCCGUGGCUGCCGCUGUGAAGAAGCCCUGA